AUGGAGCAUGCGCAUUUAUACCCUGAAUCGAUUUAUGGAUCUAAUAAACUACACGUCGGUACCCAACCACUGGAGAAUGUAUUGAGUAGCAUAAAAGAUACACGCAGCAUACGUCUUCCACUACCGAGUUCCAUCAAACAUACAGCACAAAGACGCCGAGCAGCAUCACAUGCUAUGUCGAUUGAAUCGCUUCUUGAUAGCACUCAACCACGACCGCAACAUACAUCCCACAGAAUCGAGAAACGACGACGAGCAACAAUGAGCAAUAUCAACGAGCACAAUGAGACCGACGAGAUGCACAUACGAUUUACAAAACUACCACGCAUACAGCACCCACCAUCACCUUCUGAAAACUUGACAACAAUGACUUGUUAUCAUGCAGCUGUUGCUCAAAAGUCGUAUGGCUCAGAGAAGCGUUUCCUGUGUCCACCACCGAUAGUAUCAAUAGAGGGAAAAUCAUCAUAUCCUCUAGUGUCGAUGGCAGUAGUAUGUGAAAAUGGUGAGCGGCUUCUCGAGCAAAAAGUGCAGCUGGACGAUGAUCAACGUGGCAGCUUUCGGUUUUUACACGUUGCCGGGACAGCCAAAGCGAAGCAGUUUUAUCUGAGAGUGAGUCUAACUCAUAAUCCAGCGAGCAAUUGUUAUGCGAUAUCGCCACCACCAGCACCACCCUAUGUCAGCUUUGUAUCGAGUCCGGUCACCAUUAUAUCAAAGCCGUCCAAAAAAACUUGCAAAGCGCGGAGUGUAUCGAGCUGCAUAGUAUCUAGUGCACCAGUGGCGUUGUUUAAUCGCAUAAAUUCACAGACGGUGCGUACAAAAUACUUGGCUACAGAUGAUGGUCGUUUAUGUGCCAAGAAUUCCAUGUGGUCUCCCUUUGAUAUUAUCGUGCUUCGACAACCUCCAGCUGAUGAAGGUGGUAGCGAGAUUAUGGAUACAAAUGCACCAUAUGGUGGAAUGCCUAUUGUAUAUGGCUCAGAGAUCAAGUUGCGUGAUACGCAGUCUGGAAUCGAGUCCCCACCGCUUUAUAUCCGCAAGGUCGAUAAAGGCCGUAUCGUCCAUACUGCAGAAGGUCCUGUCAGCCAAAUGCAAAAGGUUGCUCUACAACUUGCAUCUUCCAACAACGAUAAUGAACAUCAACGAAUGUACCUUAGUGCAGCAGGCCCCGCUAUGAAUCCUUCAUCACCAACACAAUCUAGUUCAAUCGACGAUAAUGGUAGCAACAAUAACAUCAAUGCAGCAGCAACAUGGCUUGAGUUUGUAUCGUCAAGAGUGGUGGCUGAUAAACCUAGGCAGGAUCCUGCUGAGCGAGUGGACGACUUUGUAACAUGGACUAUCGUCGGCAUUGCAAAGUUUCACUACAACUACGUUGAGCCUAUAGCUGAAGAUAGUAAUAACGUUCGAUCACAAGGGCUUACAUCUUCCAAUGUCAAUGUAUCCAGCAGCCACACUCAUAGUCGGACAAUGCCGCAGCCAUCACCCCCACCAUCGCCCCCACCUCGUAGAAUCAUGCCACUCCCACUGGUAUCAGCUGUACGAUGUUAUGAUAUGGGGACACUUGAAUUGACAGGCCAACACCUGAUACAACCAUCAAAUGGGCGACUACUUGAUGUAUGGCUUGGAGCACAUGGACCACUACACCUCAAAAACCAGAUACACCUCGAUGACGGGUCACUCACUCUCAUAUUUCAACUUCCAUCACUGCAUAACUUAGCUGCUGCUCAUCAUGGUAACCUCGUAGCACAUUCAGAUGGUACACAACGUUUCGAGUUGCCACUUCUUCUCAUGCGCCAAGACGGAUCCAUGUUCCCUUCCGGUAAAGGCAUUGCUUGCUCUCUCUUACCUUCAGGUUUACCUACGUAUCCAGUAUACAUUAUCUCACGUGGUUGA